AAACGGGUUGGCACUUGUGGGUGAACAGCUGAAUGGCGACUGAUUGCAUGACGCGUACCUCCACCGGAUUCACGGUGUACGGUAAAGAUUUUUUUAAGGAUGGGACGGGGAUUGUUCCUUUCAAUCACCCUGCCGCAUAUACAGAUGAGUGUACAAAUCUAGAAAUCCGAGAUGAUGACUUUUACUUCACUGGCUGGCCUAGAACAGGGAAUCAUGUUUGCGUUGAGCUGAUACAAUGUGUGCAAAAUAAUGGCGAUUUGGAAUGGCUAAAGAAUACACAUAUCCAUGAUCGUGUUACGACGUUAAACUUAGAUAAAGGAUUUCUGCAGGGCAAAACUAAAAUGACAGAAAACGGGGAGAACCCGCUGAUUCCUCUAGCAGAGGCCCCGUCACCCCGUUUCAUAUGGGGGGCUCACCAUGCCUAUGAAUUCUCACCAAGAGGAUUACAAAAACCUGAAAAAUGUAAGGUCAUAAUCGGCUACAGAAACCCUAAAGCGUCUUACAGCAGUUUGUUUCACCUCUACCAAGAAUGGACAAAAGCCGGUCUAUUCACUGAACAAUUCUCUUGGGAGGACUACAUUGCUGCUUGCCUUACUGGAAAGAGUAGUGACUUUGUCUGUACCGGUGGUUCUUGGUUUGACUUUUACAAACAGUGGUGGGAAAACAGAAACGAAAAUAUGUAUUUUCUUUGUUUUGAGCAGAUUAUAAAGGAUUGCCCUAAAGUUAUAGAGGAACUUGCGAAUUUUCUGGGUAAAUCACUCACCGAUGAACAAGUGAAGACAAUAGCAGAUCAUAUCAAGUUUGACAACCUUAAAGGAAGUGAUGCAUUUGGAAACGCAUUUGAACAGAUAAAAUCACUUAAAGAAGGUCAAUCUUCACAUAUGAGGAAAGGUAAAAUCGAUGAUUGGAAAAACAACUUCACGGUGGACCAAAGUGAACAGUUUGAUAAACUCUAUGAGGAGAAAAUGAAAGGCAUUGGGUUUCCUGAACCGAUAUACGAAUAAGACUUAAAUGACCCACGUUGUAAUUGCUUUUCACUUCAUGAUCGAACUAAAAUGAGCCUGUGAUUUUUUUAAACAAUAGGUUUAUUUCAUUACAAUGUUUCUAAUGACAUAAUCAAACCAAUGCGACAAAUCGCCUGCAUUUUAUGUCCACUUUCAAAUACAGUGUUACAUGUACGUAUGGCAUAAAAAUAAUAAAUAGAUAAAUAAAACACGCCCAU